AUGGCAAUGGCAGCGAAAUUGAUUGAUAAAAAGCUUCACAGCUUUCCCGGCAAGAUGCGGGUGGCUGAGUGGUUUUUCGACGUUCCAGUCGAUUACAGCAAACUACCCGCAGAUGGUGGUAACACACUGAGGCUGUUUGUUCGCAGCGUCUCACGUCUUGACAGCCCUGUUGAGCAGCAAUCUAAGGAAGAGAACAAGUCUCCCAUUCCAUGGCUUGUCUACCUCCAAGGUGGACCAGGCUUUGGAUGUGGUCCCCCCCAAAACUACGCUUGGGUGGAUUCGGUGCUGAAUAAGGGGUACCACGUCUUGUUUCUAGACCAGCGUGGCACUGGUCUUAGCCAGACCAUUACAGCAGAAACUCUUGCUCGCCAAGGAAAUGCCAUACAACAGGCCGAGUACCUCAAGAAUUUCCGUGCCGACAGCAUUGUCAAGGAUUGCGAGGCACUUCGUCUGGACUUGACUAAGAACUAUCCAGAGGACCAGCGCAAAUGGAGUAUCAUGGGUCAGAGCUUCGGUGGUUUCUGCGUCACCACUUACCUCUCGACAUACCCCGAGUCUCUGAAGGAAGCCUUCAUCUGCGCUGGAUUGCCUCCUAUGGUCAAUGACCCAGAUCCGGUUUACGCUCGGACCUAUGAAAAGGUCGUGGAGAGAAACAAGGUCUACUACGCCAAAUAUCCCGAAGAUAUAGAGCGAGUCAAGACCAUCAUGAAGUACUUGACCACCAAUAAGGUCGCCUUGCAGUCAGGAUGGCUCACUCCAGCUCGAUUCCAACAACUUGGAAUUCUUUUCGGUUUCCACGGUGGUAUCGAUACCGUGCACGACAUCGUUCUCCGCACUUGCCACGACCUGGAGAUUUUCGGAUUUCUCACAAAGCCUACUCUGGCCACUAUUGACAGCAACGGUGGCAUGGAUAAAAACAUCAUCUACGCCAUUCUGCAUGAAUCCAUCUACUGCCAAGGCAAAUCUUCACGCUGGUCUGCCGAUAGACAAAGAAGCGAAGACGUUCGCUACAAAACCGAUGGGUCUCAGCCCGAGAUCUACUUUACCGGAGAGAUGGCUUUCAAAGACAUGCUCGACUCGUACUCGGAACUUGACCAGGUCCGAGACGUGGCACACAUUCUCGCUGAAAAAGAGGAUUGGCCUGCCCUCUAUAAUGAGGAACAGCUGGCAAAGAACGAAGUUCCCGUCUACGCUGCUACGUACAUUGAUGAUAUGUAUGUGCACUAUGACCUGGCCGCCAAGACUGCUACGAAGAUUAAGGGUAUCAAACAGUUCAUCACCAACACGAUGUACCAUGAUGCUCUGCGGAGUAAGUCUGGGGAAGUUAUGCGUCAGCUCUUCGCCCUGCGCGAUGAUACCAUUGAUUAA